UCUUUUAAGGACACUAAAAGCAGAGUUCAACUUGGACACUUAUAGCAGAGUUCAUUAAGAACACGUACGGUAGAAUUCAACAUGAACAUUUACAGCAGACUUUAACAAGAACACUUACAGCAGUGUUCAAAAUGAAGCAUUAAAGCAGAGUUCAACAAGAACACUUACAGCAGAGUUCAGCAUGGACAGUUACCUUAAAAUCACUGCACUUCCUCCGAAUAUGAAUUGGUGGAUUCGUUAGAGAAUCAUAUAUAUUAUGAAAUGUUCUGGUCAACUUGUGUCAGCCUUGCUUCAUUCAUCAGAGUGAAGUUUGACAAGGUAUUUGAAAAUGAAUGAAAAUGACUGAUGUUAUCAAGGUUUCUUUCCAUCUAGGAUCGAUGCUCUCUUGGGAGAUGCAGCGGCAGUAGCUGGCGGGCGUAGGACAGCAGCAUCCACUCUCUUCGACAGUUAUAUCAGAGUAGGUGGUGCAAGCGUCCCAUUGAUGGUGAAAAUAUGCGUUACUCUCUAUCUUUCCUAAGUAUUUUGGAAGGAAACGUCUGUUUAAUACUGUUUACACCAUUUAAAAGGAAUGGGGCACUGCUUUUGAGUGGAGCGUAUCGUACCGCCCUCUGGCUCCCGUAAAGCCAGGCGUGACCCAAGUUCCACUCUGGCCUCAGUUGUGCUUGGGAGUCGGUGAGGUAGAGUAAGCUGGCUUUCUUUUUCCCUCAUAGUGCAAUGACUCGCCCAUCUCCCCUGCUAAAGGGGGACAGAAAGUCGGCAAGGAACUAUGUCAGUACCUCCAUCGACACAUCGGGAGAGAAAAUCGGCAACAUUGGGCCUUCCGUCGUUCGUUAAUUUAGAAAAUUCAUAGUACAAUACAUCUUUAAUAAUGGAACCCAAAUGUGAAUAAGAAGAGAACCAAACAGAUUAUACGAAUGUCACUGUGUCCUGAGAAUGAUUUACACUCGAAUAAGUAAUCAAAGCCUGAAAUUUUGUUUGUUAACAAUUUGAAAAAAGUGGGGUUUGAACAGAUUAUCAGUCAGAAAAUAUGAAGAGGAUCAUUUGGCAGGAUCUGAGGGGCCGUAGUGGUCCCAUGUGGUAGACCGCUCCCCCCUACCUUCCCCCCCCCCCCCAACACCACCCACCACCUCCCCUUGCUCUUUCUCCUCGCCCUCCAGGGGAAAAAAUCGAACCCCCCUGUGUUUGUCUGCCUCUCAGGACUCUGGGGAGCAUCAGCGCCAGCAGGCGAGGUGUCAAGAAGGGAAUAUUGAGAUCAGCAUAAGCCACCACUAUAAACUACCAUUUUCAACGCGCAGAAAAACAAAAAUCCUCAACUCAUUUCACCACAAAAAUUACUCCCAGCAACACUGUUUUCGUGUCCGACCAUGGAGUAAGGACGCGACCACCAAUGUUCAGGAUGGACUGUGAUGAAAUGUGUGCCUUCGGAGAUGUAAGUGUGGGCGAGUCUACAGGCUUGGGCGAGUCCGAAACAUUGGGCGAAUCCCGAAGCCUGGUAGAGUCCGUAAGGUUGGACGAGUCCAGGAGCUUUGGUGAGUCCAGAGUCUUGGGCGAGUCCAGAGACUUACACGAGUCCCAAAACCUGGGCGAGUCCAGUGGCUUGGGCGAGUCCAGUGGCUUGGGCGAGUCCAGGGGAUUGGGCGAGUCCAGGGGAUUGGGCGAGUCCAGAGGCUUGAGCGAGUCCAGAGGCUUGGGCGAGUCCAGAGGCUUGGGCGAGUCCAGAGGCUUGGGCGAGUCCAGAGGCUUGGGCGAGUCCAGAGGCUUGGGCGAGUCCAGAGGCUUGGGCGAGUCCAGAGGCUUGGGCGAGUCCAGAGGCUUGGGCGAGUCCAGAGGCUUGGGCGAGUCCAGAGGCUUGGGCGAGUCCAGAGGCUUGGGCGAGUCCAGAGGCUUGGGCGAGUCCAGAGGCUUGGGCGAGUCCAGAGGCUUGGGCGAGUCCAGAGGCUUGGGCGAGUCCAGAGGCUUGGGCGAGUCCAGAGGCUUGGGCGAGUCCAGUGGCUUGGGCGAGUCCAGUGGCUUGGGCGAGUCCAGUGGCUUGGGCGAGUCCAGAAGCCUGGGUGAGUCAAGAGGCUUGCACGAGCCCAGAGGCUUGCUUGAACCCAGAGAUUUGCUCAAGUCCAGAGACUUGCGCGAGCCCAGAGGUUUGCGCGAGUCCAGAGGCUUGGGCGAGUCCGGAGACUUUGGUGAAUCUAGAGAUCUGGGUGAAUCUAGAGACCUGCGCGAGUCCAAUGGCGUGGACGAGUCCAGAUGCUCUGAGAGAGGCACUGGAGUGUUGAGACGAGUGAACGCACGGAGCUGUGCAGCCAUGGGAGGCGACGCGAGUGUGUCCAAGGUCGCGGGUGUGGGCAAAGGAAUGAGUGUGAGACGUCUGGUCAUCGUGAUCUUCACGCUCCUGGCAACCUUCUGCCGUCUUGCCGUAGGAAAACGAGACAGCGAGAUCUCUUCGGCCAACUUCCGGGCUCGGGAGAAGCAAAUCAUCGACGAAAUUAUCGGCCCGGCCAACUACGACAAGCGAAUUCGACCGGCCGGGGCCAACGAUACCGGCCCAGCCAUCGUCCACAUCAACAUCAUGAUCCGCAACGUGCAGACCAUCUCCGACGUCAAAAUGGAAUACAGCAUCCAGAUCACCUUCCGCGAGCAGUGGAAGGACCAUCGCCUAACCUUUGACAAUAUCGGAGGUCGGAUCCAGUACCUGACGUUGACUGACACAGACAUGGUGUGGAUGCCGGACUUGUUCUUCAAGAACGAGAAGGAAGGUCACUUUCACAAGAUCAUCCUUCCCAAUCUUUACAUCCGUAUCUACCCAGACGGCGGCGUCCUCUACAGUAUCAGAAUCUCGCUGACGUUGUCCUGUCCGAUGGACCUGAAGCUCUUCCCACUAGACCGUCAGCAGUGCCAGCUCCUCAUGGCCUCCUACGGAUGGACGACGGAGGACUUGGUGUUCCUGUGGAAGGACGUGGAGCCGGUGCAGGUGACCAAGAACCUCCAUCUGCCCCGCUUCACCCUCGAGAAGUUCAUCACUGAUUAUUGCAACAGCAAGACUAAUACUGGUGAAUACAGUUGCCUUCGCGUAGACCUGGUCUUCAAGAGAGAGUUCUCGUACUACCUCAUCCAGUACUACAUCCCCUGCUGUAUGUUGGUGAUCGUGUCAUGGGUGUCGUUCUGGCUCGACCAGAACGCUGUCCCUGCACGGGUGUCCCUGGGGGUAACCACGCUCCUGACGAUGUCCACGCAGACCUCCAGUAUAAACAAUACGCUGCCGCCCGUAUCCUACACCAAGGCCAUUGACGUGUGGACCGGCGUGUGUCUCACCUUUGUCUUCGGGGCGUUACUGGAGUUCGCGCUCGUCAACUACGCCUCGCGGUCCGAUAAACACCGCGAGAAGCUGAAGGAAAAGCUGAAAGAACAGAAGAAACAGUGGGAGGCUGAACACGCGGCGGCCCUGGAAGCCGCUAUGCAGGAUCAGACGGAAGACGGUCACACCUUCGCUAUGAAGCCUCUGGUGUCGCGUCACAACGGAGGAAUGAGCGGCGAUAAGGGUCGUCCAUGUGAGAUCCACCUGCAGGCGCCACGGAAGAACUGUUGCAGGACGUGGCUCUCCAAGUUCCCCACCCGCAGCAAGCGCAUCGACGUCAUUUCGCGCAUCACCUUCCCCCUUGUCUUCGCCUUCUUCAACAUGGCCUACUGGAGCACCUACCUCUUCACGGAGGAGGAAGAAGAGGAUUCCCCAAAGUAAAUCCGGAGGUAGUGCUUCACUUCCGGAACUCCAAGAAUGUCUGGUAUGUUUGUGGCUUCCAAAAUUGUUAUUUAAAUGAACGAAGCGACAAUGACUUGGACGAUGGACUACUCAAACUAAAGAGGCCAGAUAUCCUACAAGAUUAUAUAUAUAUAUAUAU